CACCCCGGCAUCCCUCUGUCCCUGCUCCUGUUUCCCGCUACAGUCGGUCUAAAGAACAGCAGAAUUGAAUUUCAUUAGUUACAUUGUCCCUGUUAUGAGCUUUGUGCCGCUUCUCUUUUCCUCCCCCCUCCUUCUCACUUCUUAUCCAUCUCUGCCUGCCAGUCUUAGGCUUUCUCUCCCCCUCCCUCGCUCCCUCCGUUUCCUCCAUCUCUCCAUCUCAAUGCGCCACAGCUCCUCCCUCCACCUUGCACAGCGUCGACUCCUCCCUCUCCAUCUUUCUUCCCUCACUCACUCACGCUCCAUCUCUCACUCUGCUGGGUAUGGCAUGUAUGUGAGCGGGUGCACUCCUGUUUACAUGCAUGCCUGGGACAGACUCUCACGCAUUCUGGGGACUGUAGCUGCUCGUGCUCCACACUCUGAGAAAUUUCUGAACCCCCUUGCUUGCUUUGAGGAAUUGUGUGCCGUUUUUGUUUUCCCUCUCACUCAUGAAAUUCUUCAAAGGCCUCUUGUGUGCCACCCUGCCACUCUGGAGCGAUUCGGAUCUAAGCUGCACUCUGGCAGAAUGGAAUUGCCAAAUUUAGACUCCACCGCAUGACGUUUCUGGUUACCAUCAAAAUGGUGGCCAGAGAGGCAAGUGGGCACAGCUACCUGGUGGCGUGCUGGCAGCCCAUUCUCAUCCUGAUGCUGGGUACCGUGCUGUCCGGUUCUGCCACUGGCUGCCCCUCUCGAUGCGAGUGCAGUGCCCAAGAGCGCUCAGUUGUGUGCCAUCGGCGGAAGCUGAUCACCCUCCCCGAGGGAAUUCCCACUGACACACGGCUGUUAGAUCUCAGCAAGAACCGUUUGAAAGCCAUCAACCCGGAGGAAUUCCUCAACUAUCAACACCUGGAAGAGCUACAGCUCAACGAGAACAUCAUUUCCGUCAUUGAACCAGGAGCCUUCAGCAACCUCCUUGGUUUGCGAAUAAUGGGGCUACGCAACAACAAGCUGAAGUUGAUUCAGCUGGGUGUUUUCACUGGCCUCAGUAACCUCACUCGAUUAGAUAUUAGUGAGAAUAAAAUUGUCAUUUUGUUGGACAACAUGUUUCAAGAUCUCUACAACCUGAAAGAACUGGAGGUGGGGGACAACGACCUGGUCUUCAUCUCUCACAGAGCUUUUCAUGGCCUCAGCAGCCUAGAGCAACUCACUAUGGAAAGAUGCAACGUGACCUCUGUGCCAACAGAGGCCUUCAGUCAUCUUCACAACCUGCUGAACCUCAGGCUGCGGCAUCUCAACAUCAACAUCAUUCGAGACUUUUCCUUCAGGAGGCUCUAUCGACUCAAAGUCUUAGAGAUAGCAAACUGGCCAUUUUUAGAAACCUUGACCACAAAGUCCCUCCAUGGACUUAACAUCACAACCUUGAGCAUCACAAACUGCAAUCUCACUGCCGUCCCUUAUGAGGCCAUUCAGCACCUGGUGUACCUUCGCUUUUUCAACCUGUCCUUCAAUCCGAUCAAGGUUGUGGAGGGCAACAAAAUGCACAAUUUGCUGAGGCUCCAGGCAUUUCACUUGGUUGGGGGCCGGCUAGUCAGCAUUGAGCCUUAUUCCUUCAGAGGACUCAACUACCUUCGGGUUCUCAAUGUUUCCAGCAAUAGUCUAAGCACUUUAGAGGAAUCUGCCUUUCACUCUGUCGGCAACCUGGAGACACUGGCUCUUCACGACAACCCCCUGGCAUGCGACUGUCGUCUCCUCUGGGUCUUUCGCCGCCGAUGGCGACUUAACUUCAACCGCCAGCAGCCAUCUUGUGAAUCGCCAGAGUUUUUGCAGGGUAAAGAAUUCAAAGACUUCCCGGAUGUUCUCCCACCAAAUUAUUUCACCUGUCAGAAAUCCAAGGUCAGGGAUCACAAAGCCAUUCAUAGAUUUGUGGAUGAGGGGACCACUGUCCAAUUUCCUUGCCAAGCAGAUGGAGACCCCGCUCCCAUGAUUAUGUGGCAGUCUCCAAAAAAGCAAUUCAUCACUACUAAAAGCAUUGGCCGGCUGUCGGUGUCUCCAGAUGGCACCCUCGAGGUUAGAUACGCCCAAAUACAAGACAAUGGCACAUACACCUGCAUUGCCGUCAAUGCAGGAGGAAACGACACCCGUUUGGCUCACCUACACGUUCAUAGCUACUCUCCCAAUUGGCCCCAUCAGCCCAAUAAGACCUUUGCCUUCAUCUCGAACCUGCCCAAUGAUAACAGUGCCAAUGGAACUGGUGCGACAAAUCCCUUUCCUUUUGAUAUGAAGACUCUCAUUAUCGCUACCACCAUGGGGUUUAUCUCUUUCCUCGGAGUGGUGCUGUUCUGUCUGGUGCUCUUGUUCCUCUGGAGCCGAGGGAAAGGCAAUGCCAAGCCAAACAUCGAGAUUGAGUAUGUGCCACGGAAAGUAGAUGGAGAAAACAGCCCGACUGAGGGAUCUCACAAGAUCAGUAUGAAGAUGAUUUAAAAGACUAAUUGCCAUUGUGUGUGCAUUACGUGAAUAGGUGUUCUUGACAACUGACUAA